AUGAGUAUUUCAUAUAGAUAUUUACCAAAGUUCAGAUGGGCACAUUUAAAUGAACGUUUUCAAUAUGAAAAUGAAGUACGAAAAAAACGUCUGAGACAAGAAGUUCUUCAGGCUAAACGUGAAGCAAAUUUAUACAUUGAAAAUGUUGAAAAAAAUCGAAAACUACGAAAACUUGAAAAGAAAAUGAAGGCAAAAUCUGAAGAUUUAAAUAUUCGUGAUUGGACUUAUGAUCAACAUGAUCCAAAUGAAGAAGCAACCGAAAGAAAACAGAAGAAAAA